GUCCUCCGAAGAUUUGGGAAGCCACAAUCCCCAUUCCACGACCUUUUUCUUAAAAGUCUACUUUUUCAGAUACUUUUAUAUUUAUCUUUGCUCCAUGGAAGGUUCGUCGAAAGGGUUAAGAAAAGGUGCAUGGACUGCUGAAGAAGAUAGUCUCUUGAAGCAAUGUAUUGAUAAGUAUGGUGAAGGCAAAUGGCACCAAGUUCCUUUGAGAGCUGGGCUAAACCGGUGCAGAAAGAGUUGUAGACUAAGAUGGUUGAACUAUUUAAAGCCAAGUAUCAAGAGAGGAAGAUUUAGCUCUGAUGAAGUUGAUCUUCUUCUUCGCCUUCAUAAGCUUCUCGGAAAUAGGUGGUCCCUGAUUGCUGGUCGAUUGCCUGGUCGGACCGCUAAUGAUGUCAAAAAUUACUGGAACACCCAUCUGAAGGAGAGCCAAGAAGCAGAUGCCAUAGUUCCGGAAGAAACGACAACUGAACAGGGGGCCACUUUGGGGUUUGACCUUGAGCAACUUUGGAGUCUGUUUGAUGGAGAGACUGUAGAACUUGACUAGUGUUUCUCACCGUUUGUUUAAGUUUGUGUGUGGGUUUGCUUCCGUAUUUAGUGUGUAUGAAUAAAUGACUUUAGGCAUC